AUGAACGGCGACACCUAUUCAUCUCGAGAUGGCCGUCAUGGUUCCUCUCGAGAUUAUCCUCGCGAUGAUCGUCGGGACCGAGGCGAUAGAGGUGAUAGAAGAGAACGAAGACGAAGUAGAUCACCUCGUCGAUCGCAUCGCGACGCGAGAGAUGAAGACGCAUACGCAUCUAGCCGCAGCCAUCGAGACCGCGAGCGCGAAGAUCGCUACGGAGGAGGAGGAGGAGCUGGUGGUGGCGGUGGUGGUGGUGGUGGUGGACGCGACCGUAGAGACCGCGAAUGGGAUCGCGACCGCGGUUCGAGAAGGGAUAACCGCCGCGACGACCCUGGCCGACCACCUCGACGCGAUCGCGACUUAUUCGAGGAUCGACGUGGCGAUAGACGGGAUCGUGAGAGAAUCGAGCGAAACCGAGACGACGAUCUGUUUGCGCAGAAUCGACGCGGACGAAGUCCCACACCGCCGCCGAAAAAACGCGAACCGACUCCAGACUUGACAGACAUUAUCCCCGUUCUAGACCGCAAGCGACGUAUGACCCAAUGGGAUAUCAAACCUCCAGGUUACGAGAAUGUCACCGCCGAACAAGCUAAACUAUCUGGAAUGUUCCCCCUACCGGGCGCGCCGAGACAGCAGCCCAUGGACCCUACAAAACUACAAGCUUUCAUGAAUCAACCAGGCGGUGCGGUGAACAGCGCAGCACUGAAGCCAGGUAAUUCCCGGCAAAGCAAGCGGCUUAUUGUCUACAACCUUCCUCCGGGAUCAACCGAAGAAAGUGUCAUGAGCUUCUUCAACCUCCAAUUAAAUGGAUUAAAUGUUAUUGAGAGUACCGAUCCAUGUGUUCUAUGUCAAAUUUCCAAGGACCAGACGUUUGCUCUUCUCGAAUUCCGACAUGCUUCGGAAGCUACUGUUGCCCUUGCUUUCGAUGGUAUCUCAAUGGAGGCAGAUGAUCCUAUGAACGGCACUGCUAAUGGCAGUGGGCGUGGCUUGAAGAUACAACGACCGAAAGACUAUAUUGUGCCAGCCAUUGCCGACGAUGCCCCGUACAAACCUGGUGUCGUUUCGAACGUGGUUAUUGACACGCCGAACAAGAUAAGCAUUGGAAACCUACCCCCUUACUUGACCGAGGACCAAGUCAUGGAGCUUUUGACCUCGUUUGGCGAGCUUAAGGCGUUGGCUUUGGUUAAAGAUACGGGUACCGAUGAAUCUCGCGGUGUUGCGUUUUGUGAAUUCGUCGACCCUGCAGCGACGGACAUCGCUAUUCAGGGUCUGAAUGGCAUGGUUAUCGGCGAUAAAAACCUCAAGGUGAGAAAGGCCAGUAUUGGUAUCACCCAAGUAGCUGGUGUCGAAAUGGGUGUGAAUGCCAUGUCCAUGUUGGCGGGAACUACUGCCAGCGACUCAGAGGAAUCCCGGGUCUUGCAGCUACUCAACAUGGUAACACCGGAAGAACUAAUGGACAGCGAAGAUUACCAAGAAAUAUGCGAAGAUGUCCAGGAGGAAUGUUCUAAAUUUGGCCAGAUCAUUGACCUCAAGGUUCCUCGACCUACUGGUGGCAGCCGACAAUCUGCUGGAGUUGGUAAGAUUUAUGUUAAAUACGAUACAACAGCAUCCGCAAAGAAAGCCUUACAGGCCCUUGCUGGCCGAAAGUUUGCCGACAGAACCGUGGUAACGACGUACUUUCCAGAGGAGAACUUCGAGGUUGGAGCUUGGUAA